AUUUUUAAUUAUUUUUGUCUUCUAAAAGGUCUAAUCUAGAAGCCCAUUACUUGUGGAGGAAAAAGUUCAAAUUUUCUCUUGAAAUGAAUCUUUCUGUCCUAUCAUGAGGUUCAUAUUCAAAAUCUCUAUCUUAAUAGACAGCUUACACUUGUUUGGACCAUGUAUUGGAUUACCUACUUCAAGGUGGUCAAUUGGUUUCUUUAUUUUUGGUUGUGGGACCCUCCAGGAAUUGCUAGUUUCAUUUAUUGGCCAUCAGCUUGAAUCAAUAUAAUUUAUUUGCUGCAAAAAUUUGUUCUCCACAAGCUUAAGAUUCACAUUAGGCCCACAAGACCAAUAGCUUUCCUGCAUCAUUUUGCACUAUUCUUAGGGAACUUAAGCCAUUGUAGCGGUUCAAUUAGUUGAAAAUGAGUUGCAACUGAUUGAAGUGGACUCUUAUUUUUUUGCACUAAUCAUCAAUAAUAACAACAAAUCAUGGUUAAUAUAUAGAUACCAUAUAUUUCCUUUUUUCUUUUUUUUUCUGUUUUUUUCCUUUGUCUUCCAAACCCAUAUGUCCUUGAAUCAUCAUCAACAACAACUGGGUUACUUUAAUAUGCUUAUUCAAAAAGAAAACAACAAACGGGUCACAAUUUAAUAGGAUGAUUUUCUUUCCACAUGAUGGAAAAAGGAAUGAUGCUAUUAACAAUGACUGUUUCACUAAAGUUCAUGAAGCCAACAUGCAUAAAUGGAGUAUGCAACAAGGCUUCUUCUUCACAAAUUGCAUUCUUCUACUCAGCUCUCUAUGCUAUAGCGAUAGGAGCAGGAGGGACAAAGCCUAACAUAUCAACUUUUGGUGCAGACCAGUUUGAUGAUUUUGACCCCCAAGAAAAAAAGCUUAAAGUCUCAUUCUUCAACUGGUGGAUGUUUAGCUCCUUUCUGGGUGCUCUAUUUGCCACUAUUUGUCUCGUUUACAUCCAAGAGAACUUGGGAUGGGGUUUAGGGUAUGGUAUCCCUACAGUUGGCCUGCUACUAUCCCUAUUUAUAUUCUAUUUAGGGACUCCACUUUACAGGCACAAAGUUAGAAAGACUAAGAGCCCUGCAAGGGAUCUAAUUCAAGUCCCUAUUGCUGCCUUUAGAAAUAGGAAGCUUCCGCUCCCUAAUGAUCCCUCAGAGCUUCAUGAGUUUGAACAACAACAUUAUAUUGAUAGUGGAAAACGGCAAGUCCAUCACACUCUAGUAUUCAGGUGCUUGGACAAAGCUGCAAUAAAAAAUAUAAACACAAGUGCUUCAAGUCCACCCUGCACAGUGACUCAAGUGGAAGGAACCAAGCUUGUCCUUGGGAUGAUAAUGAUAUGGCUAGUGACCUUAAUUCCAAGCACCAUAUGGGCUCAAAUCAACACCCUUUUUGUCAAACAAGGCACCACCUUGGACCGUAGCCUUGGGUCCAACUUUAAGAUCCCAGCUGCUUCACUAGGGAGCUUUGUGACACUCUCCAUGCUUCUCUCUGUUCCAAUGUAUGACCGUUGGUUUGUUCCUUUCAUGCGAAAGAAAACUGGGAACCCAAGAGGAAUCACACUUCUUCAAAGGCUUGGAAUUGGAUUUGUGAUCCAAGUUACUGCCAUUGCAAUCGCUUAUGCAGUUGAAGUUAGAAGAAUGCAUGUGAUAAGGCUACACCACAGCAUGGGGCCAAAAGAAAUUGUCCCCAUGAGCAUAUUUUGGCUAUUGCCUCAAUAUGUUCUAAUAGGAAUUGCAGAUGUGUUUAAUGCAAUUGGGUUGCUAGAAUUCUUCUAUGAUCAAUCUCCUGAAGACAUGCAAAGCCUUGGAACCACUUUCUUCACUAGUGGGAUUGGAGUUGGGAACUUCUUGAACAGCUUCUUAGUGACAAUGGUUGAUAAGAUCACAGGAAGAGGAGGAGGCAAGAGUUGGAUUGGUAACAACUUGAAUGAUUGCCACUUAGAUUACUAUUAUGGAUUCCUUUUGAUUGUAUCAACUCUGAACUUGGGAGCCUUUGUGUGGGCAUCAAGUAGAUUCAUAUACAAGAAGGAAAUCAUAAAGGUGAAUGAAGGUGAAGAGAAGACCUUGGACACAUCCCCUCUAGGUUUACAAGUAUAAUUAAGAGACUAAAACAUAAUUAAUUGAUUAGCAUCAUAGUCCUUGUAAGAUAUGAGUAUUAAUUUUAGGUUCUUGUUUUGCUGUUUUAGUUCCUCUUGUAAUUAGGAUCCUAUGAAUAAAUGUGUAUGUUCUAAUUGCUAUU